AUGGAGAUUAUUAAAGAAAUGGUAUUCAAAUCUGUCUUGUCGUGUCGUGUAGCUCAUAAUGAUUUGCUCUCAGAACCAUUUCUCAUUCGCCAAGGUAUUCGGCAAGGUGGAGUUAUAUCGCCAUGGUUGUUCUUAUGCUUUAACAAUGAUAUAAAUACAGAGUUAAGUACAAUGAACGUUGGAAUUAAUAUUGACUCAUUAAUUUCCGUGAAAAAUGUUCUAAUAGCUGACAAUGUCGCAUUGUUAUCCCUAAGUGUCAAUGGUCUACAAAAAAUGAUAUCAACUAUGGAAGCGUACAGCAAAAAAUGGAGAUUCGACUAUAAUGUAACAAAGACGAAUAUUAUCACAUUUGGAGAACAUGUAAAUACACAUAGACGUAAUGUUCAACAAAGAUGCUGGACACUUUAUGGAAAACAGAUUAAGGAGAAGUUGUCAUCUGAACACGCUGGCAUUCGUCUAAGUGGAAAUUUUUCGAGUACAGAGCGUACACUGGAGAUGGCACGGAAAGGCAAGGCAGUAGUGUCAAGUUUGAUGAGUGCAGGUUUAACCUGCCGGUUUAAAUCCAAUUUAUGGAAUUAA